AUGGACUUACCCAGGGAUAUCAUCCUCGAUGUUCUUACUAGACUUCCGGUAAAAUCACUUUCUGAGAUGCGUUGCACAUCUAAGACCUCUUUAAACAUAAUUGAUAAUCCAUUUUUUGCGACAUUGCACACUUCACGUUUGCUUAAUUCUGCUGUCAAUUCUACUACUGCUGGUGAAGUACAACUUAUGCUUCUUGCUCAUUCCUGGUCCUCUCGGGAUAAUAAGUUCUUAACAGCCUUGCAAUCAUUGAAAUACAAUGACAAGAAUGGAUUGACAAAAACCAGAGGUUGCAGAGCAAAUAUUUUAUCUGGAGUUGGUGAUUAUAACGUAGAUUUUGUUUUUUGCAACUUGAUUUGCCUUAAACAGCUGACGGGGGCAUUUAAAGCUCCAUGCUUAUUGAUCAAUCCUCUUAGAGGAGGAGAAUUUCUUGAGCUCCCAAUUAAUGACCUCAUUCCACCAUAUGCUAGAAGGUGGUACGGCAUAGGAUUUGACAGUAUAACUAGCACUCACAAGAUUGUUGGUGUUUUCAAAAGUAUGCUACACAAACACCAGGUGGCUUAUGUUUAUACCUUGGGCACAAGGUCAUCGUCAUGGCGAGAAAUACACUCAGUUCCCCAAUGUGAGUUUAGUAGAAAGAAUGUAUUUGCAUAUGGAGACAUGCAUUGGUUGGUUUAUAAUGAUGUGGCUGGAAGAAACCCUAAUCGUAUUAUUUCUUUUGAUUCCAAGAAAGAUGAAUUUGUUUCGACCCCUUAUCCUAAUUCAUCACAAGGUUUUAUUCGUGGUUUGCUAGUCAUUCACUUGCUUAACUUGAGAGGAUGUUUGGCCAUUGUGUCAUCUGGGAAUUUGUUUGUUGAGAUAUGGGUGCUAAAAAAUUAUGAGAAAAAGGAGUGGGCAUUAGAUUACAAAAUUGACAACGAAAUGUUGCCUAAUGGUUCUCCGCUAAAUUCAAUUGAGUCUUGUGGUGAAUUGGAGCACGGGAUAUUUUUCACUGAAAUGAAAGAUCCUCUUAUGUUUUACUUCUGGGACAUAAGAUAUAAAUCCAUAAAAUAUAUCACAGGUGCUAAAUUAUUCCCAGACAUGUUCAGUUAUGAUAAUCUAUAUUAUCAUCUUUGGGGUAGGAGGCGGCAGUGGCGACCCUUUAUAAGCAUCUUCAGUUGUACUAGAGGCUUGAUUUCCUUAAAGACUUAUGGCAAUUUAGUUGAAAGACGAGUGUGCAGGUGGACAAUUUUUGAAGCAGCAAAAACGAGGACAUGGCAUUUUGAUUGA